GAUGCUCCGGGCCGGGCAAGGCGGCCGCGGCCGCUGUCGCGCACGCGUGCUCGCGUCGCGGGUGAGCUCAAAAGACGCCCCGGGGGCAGGCCCGGCUGCGCGAGCGUGCCCGGCCGGCGGGCAGCGCUGUGGAGACCGGGCGACGCUUGGAGCCCCGCGAGUCCCGGCGCGCGACCCCCGGAAGCGGCACCUGCUCUUCAGGACAAAAGAAGUUGGACGAAUCCUGAAUUUACCACCCGGCGUUCCAGGAGGCAAUACCCAGUGGUCUGACCGUUGCUGUCCCUGUGGGUCCUGACCUGGGCCCUCCUGUUUCCUGGAGAAUCCCUCACUUGCUCUUCCGGAAUUAGAAACCAUCGAGGGAUCUCUCCUCCCCGAUCCCUUGCAAGCCUUGCUCGUCUGGAGAGUAGCUCUUGGCCAAGAUUUGGCAGCAGAGAGCCAUGGACCAGAACAGCGCAGGGGAGGAGGGUGCCCUUCCAUCUGAGAUACACCUCCCUUCAUUUUCUGAGAGUCAAGGACUCAACUGCAGCAAUGCCCUCAACCAGGAUCUGGGUCCCAGCUCCCGAGACCUGCUCUAUGCUGGCCUAAGUGGUUUGGACAUGGACCCCAGCCUCCCAGCACCCAAUGUGCCCAGCAAGGUGCUGGAGGACAACUUAGAUGCUUUCUCCCUGGACUCUGGGGAGGACCGUGACUCCGUGAAGCUGCUGGAGAAGUAUGCAGACCCGGAAUCUCAGGCUUCUUUACAGGACCUGAGGCUUGGCAAGCUUCAGGUGCCUACAGAGGCUGACGAAGGAGGCAGGGCCACCUCCGGGAGCACAGGGAAAGAAGAGCAGCAUCACACUUCGCCUCAGAAGCUGCUUCGGGAUUGCAGCGUCUGCGGGAAGGUGUUCAGCAGCACCAGCUCUCGGAGCAAGCACCACCUCACGCACAGCCAGGAACGGAAACACAUUUGUGGAAUCUGCAGCAAGGCCUUUAAGCGCCGGGACCACCUGACUAGGCACAUGCUCACCCACCAGAAGACCAAGCCCUUUGCGUGCAUAGAGCAGGGCUGCAGCAAGAGCUACUGUGAUGACCGCUCCCUGCGCCAGCACUAUGAGGUCCAGCACGGCUUGUGCAUCCUGAAGGAGGCCCCCCCCGAGGAAGAAGCCUGUGGGGACUCCUCUCCUGCCCACGAGGUGGCCGGCCAGCCUGCUGCUGAUGGCCUGCGGUCCCUGGUGCCUCCAGAAGCCAGGUCCCCGGGCCCCCUUUUGCCCAACCGAGAACCCCUGUGCUCUGUUGUAAGCAGCAUGGUCCACCAGCAGAUCUCUUCUUCUGGCCCAGUCCUGGCCGGGCCCUCAGAUGACGGGGAAGGGAAAAACACAGCCUGUCCCUCCCCACCCUCACUGGGGCCCUACACCUGCACCCCAGCGGCCCCAGGGACCCUGGGCACUGAUGUUCCCGAGGAGUGUCAUCCCCUGUGGAAGGAGCUCGCCACUGGGUUCACAGCCAUUCAGUCCAGGGUAGCCGAGGAUGGUGGUCCACACCCAGCUGAGUUGGAGCAGCCACCCCAGCAACCGCCCACCCUGGAGAGCUGGCAGGAGGCUGGGCCUUUGGUGGACCUCCCACAGGACUCAAAGUCCAAGCUGACGAUAUCCAACAGGAUCCAGGAUGGAAAUACCUACCGGCUCCCCUAUCCAGUGAAGGAGGAGAGCAUGGCAGCAGGCAGAUGUGACAAGUGGCUGUCGCCUCGAAGGAAGCAGGACCAACAGGUGAAGGUGCGCGUGCAGCUGCCAUCUCUUCUCUGUCGGUGUUUGGGUGUCUGGCAUGGAGUUUUUCAAGCCUCUGAGACAGGCGCUGAGUCUGGAGGUGGAGGCACAGAGCCCCCCAGGAGCCUGGAAACCCUCGACGGCAUGAGCACUGCUCCUCUGGGGAUGCCUGCGUCGGAGCCUGUGGGCGCAGUGAGCCAGCCCCCGGGAAGCACAGCCAAGGUGGGGACAGGCCGGAGACAGGAGAGUAGCCAGCCCAGAAAGCAGAGAAAGUGCCUGCGGCCCAAGGCAUCAUUCCUGCCUCCCGCUCCUUAUGCCUUUGGGGAGCCGGGCCCUGAAGGAGGCCACCAGAGCUGCCUGUGGUCUCCGGUGCUCCUGGUGGACCACUCCCUGCAGGGAUUGUUCCAGUGGUCUCCCAAUAUGCCGCCCUUGGUGCUGAGCCCCAUCCGGGAGGGACGCAUCAGGAGAGGAAUCACGUUUCAGGCCGAGAUCCUGGAGCUCCAGGAGCGCCCUACGGCCGAGACCGUUGAACGUGGAGCUUCUCUGGUCUGGAAGCCAUCGGAUGAUGUGAUGAGCAAUCCAGAAACACAGGAUAGAGUUCACGUGGAUGACUCUUUUGGCAUCUGUGCAAUCGUGGAUGACAGCAAGCCCAGCAUUAGACCACACAUCAGGAUAGGAAGUGAGUUUCAGGCCGAGAUCCCGGAGCUCCAGGAGCGCCCCCCGGCCGAGACUGGUGAACAGGGAGCUUCUCUGGUCUGGAAGCCAUCAGACGAUGUGAUGAGCAGUCCAGAAACACAGGAUAGAGUUACUGAGCUCUGCAAGAUGGCCUCCAGCGCGAUGCCAGGAGGGGGCACCAACCUGGAGCUCGCUCUGCACUGCCUGCACGAGGCUCAGGGCGAUGUCCCGGUGGCCCUAGAGACCCUGUUACACAGAGGACCCCAGAAGCCGCUGACUCACCCUCUCGCCAACUAUCACUACGCAGGUUCAGACGUCUGGACCUCCCAGGAGAAGAUUCUGUUUAAUAAGGCAUUCCAGGCUCACAAGAAGAACUUCCACUUGAUACACAAGAUGGUCCAGACAAAGACAGUGGCCCAGUGUGUAGAGUAUUACUACACCUGGAAAAAAAAGAUCAGGUUUGCCUAUGUUCGGGCCCCAGGCCUGGAAAAUGGGGUCAAAAGAAAGCUGGACAAGGCAGACAGAACAGAAACAAAGGUAGGGGAUUCUGGGGCAAGGGGGUCUCACUGGAGUUCAGUGCUGGUCUGGAUAGCUACUGAUCACCCAGGUUGGGGUGGGAAAGGGUGCCCCUACAGAGGAAAGCAUUUCCCUUAGAAGGGUGGAAGGUUGGCACCCUGAUGUCAUUUCUGCCCCUUCUACAGGCCACUUGCAGUCCUC